GGAGCGCGCUGAAGGGCUGGAGCCCCAAGUUUCUCCUCGCCCGCUCUGGCUACCCGCUGUCACUCGCUCAGGCUGGCCGGGGGAAGGGACCCGCACGCCAGGCUUUGUUGUGGAAAUCCCGGGUUACCUGGCUAAUAAACCACACCAUGGAUAACUUAUUGGACUUUGCCUGAAAGGAAUCAUUAGUGUCAUUGGAUAUUUGACCAACCUGGCUACAGGUUUUUUCAGAAUGAAUGGAAGGUCAUGCAGCAUGAAUCUCCACCGGACAUCAGGAACCCCACAGGGGCCUGGGAUGGUCAGUGGCCAACACAUCCCUCCCAUUCAAGCCCAUUCGGGGACUCCUGGCCCCUCAUCCUGUGGCAGCACCACAAGCUCUGCCAUUGGAAGCCUUGCUAACAGCCUCCAUCUCAGGAUGCCCUCAGGAGGAGGGAUGGCUCCUCAGAGCAACGUGAAUGAGAGCCCCAUCCACCUGCCUGCCUUGAGCCCCAGCAGACAAGUGCUCACCAGUGGGAAGCCACGUUUCCAGGUCACCCAGGCUGGAGGCGUGUCAGGGCCACACACGGGAAAGCCAAAGCAGCCGGAGUUUGGAAGCCCCUUUCCUCCAAAUUCUGGGAAAGGGGCUCUUGGCUUUGGGCCUCAGUGCAAGUCCAUUGGAAAAGGCAGCUGCAACAAUCUAGUGGUCACCAGCAGUCCCAUGAUGGUUCAGCGACUGGGACCCAUUUCACCUCCAGCAAGCCAGGUCUCUACAGCAUGCAACCAGAUCAGUCCUAGCUUACAGAGGGCAAUGAAUGCAGCCAACCUGAAUAUACCUCCUUCAGAUACCAGGUCCCUUAUUUCACGAGAGUCUUUGGCCUCCUCAACUUUGAGUCUGACAGAAAGUCAGUCGACCUUGAACGUGAAACAAGAGUGGUCGCACGGCUAUAGGGCUCUCCCUUCGCUCUCCUCGAACCACAGCUCUCAGAAUGGCACUGAUCUAGGGGACCUAAUGAGCCUUCCUCCUGGGACAGCCAUGUCCAGCAACAGUGUCUCUAACUCAUUGCCACCCUACCUUUUCGGUAUGGAAAAUAGCCACUCUCCUUACCCCAGUCCCCGACACUCUUCAGCCAGGUCCCACUCGGCCCGCUCCAAGAAGAGAGCACUGUCCUUGUCCCCGUUGUCCGAUGGCAUCGGGAUAGACUUCAAUACCAUCAUCCGCACCUCGCCCACGUCCUUGGUCGCCUACAUCAACGGUUCGAGGGCUUCCCCCGCCAACAUGUCUCCACAGCCUGAGGUCUACGGGCAUUUCCUAGGAGUGCGAGGUAGCUGUAUUCCUCAGCCGUGCUCAAUGCCAAACAGCCAGAAGGGAGUGCGGGUGGCCAGCGGCGGCCUGGCUCUCCCGGCCUAUGAUGAGGACGGUGCCCUGGAGUACGAGCGCAUGCAGCAGCUGGAGCACGGCGGCCUCCAGCCCAGCCUGGUCAACAACAUGGUGGUGCAGCAUGGCCUGCCGGACCCUGCCGGCCACGCGGCCGGCCUGCUGAAGACGGAGCGCCUGGAUGACUUCCCUGGCGGCGUCCUGGACCUGCCCCCCGCACCCUCUCUGCCUCCUCUGCCACCGCCGCCCCAGCCCCAAGGCCCCCCGCCACCCUACCAUGCCCACCCGCAUCUGCAUCACCCGGAGCUGGUCCACCAGGCCCAGCCGCUGGCCCUGCCUCAGGCCGCCCUGGAGGAGGAUGGGGAGAUGGAUGACGCUGGGGGCAAGCACUGCUGUCGCUGGAUCGACUGCAGUGCCUUGUAUGACCAGCAGGAGGAACUUGUGCGGCACAUUGAGAAGGUUCAUAUAGACCAGCGCAAAGGCGAAGACUUCACUUGUUUCUGGGCCGGUUGUCCUCGAAGGUACAAGCCAUUUAAUGCCCGCUAUAAACUGUUGAUCCACAUGAGAGUUCACUCGGGGGAAAAGCCCAACAAGUGUUCGUUUGAAGGUUGCAAGAAGGCCUUUUCGAGGCUCGAAAAUCUCAAGAUUCAUUUGCGGAGCCACACAGGCGAGAAGCCGUAUUUGUGCCAGCAUCCGGGCUGUCAGAAGGCAUUCAGUAACUCCAGUGACCGCGCCAAGCACCAGAGGACACAUCUGGACACUGUUUCUUCUGAAACAUUACCAGUCUUUUCUGGACUUUUCUACAGCUUCUUUAUACCUGAACUCUUAAAGAAUAUGUGUUUCCUAAUUUCUGACAGUACCAGAGAUUGUUUUCAGGGGAACAUAAUUAAACCUUAUGCUUGUCAAAUUCCGGGAUGCACCAAACGCUACACAGACCCAAGUUCCUUAAGAAAGCAUGUGAAGGCACAUUCUUCCAAAGAUCAGCAAGCAAGGAAAAAGCUGCGGUCCAGUGCAGAGCUCCAUCCCGACCUGCUCACAGACUGCCUCACGGUGCAGCCCCUGCAGCCCUCCACCUCCCCACGAGACGCUGUCGAUAGGGCGGUGGGAUGCUCCCCAGAGCCCGGGCCUGACCUCUAUCCAGCUUCCAUUUUCUCCAGCAAUCACUCAAGCCGAAGCGGAACAGCUGCUGGGGCCGUGCCACCCCCACAUCCUGUCAGUCACCCUUCUCCGGGACAUACUGUACAGGGGAGCCCCCACAACCCCUCCUCCCAGUUACCUCCACUCGCAGCUGUGGACUCCGGAGCUGAGAGGUUUGCACCUUCUGCUCCAUCUCCUCACCACAUUAGCCCCCGGAGAGUUCCAGCUCCUUCUUCAAUAAUGCAGAGAACACAGCCUCCCCAUACCCAGCAGCCCUCAGGAUCACACCUGAAGUCUUAUCAGCCAGAAACAAGCUCUUUUCAACCAAAUGGAAUCCAUGUCCAUGGAUUUUAUGGGCAACUACAGACAUUCUGCCCCCCGAAUUACCCUGACUCUCAAAGAACCAUGCCACCUAGCAGUUCCUGCAGUGUGAUGCCUUCCUUCGAGGACUGUCUGGUCCCCACAUCCAUGGGCCAGGCUGGCUUUGAUGUUUUCCACAGAGCCUUCUCAACUCACUCGGGCAUUACCGUGUAUGAUUUGCCUUCGGGUUCCUCCAGCCUCUUUGGGGAGACUCUUCGCAGUGGACCUGAAGAUGCCACAUUCUUACAGAUCAGUGCCGUGGACCGCUGUCCUAGCCAGCUCUCCUCUGUCUAUACUGAAGGCUAAAAUCUCCCCCAGCCUCCACGGCUGCUGGCAUCCAGAAUAUUUUUGUUCCUUGUCACCUUUUGUGCUUAUACUUUCGCAGACCCUAAGAAAAAGGAUGUCAAGCAAAUCAACUCAAUAUGCCACAUCACAGAUGUGUCUUUGGAGAGCAGGGCUGGAUGGUCAGAGCUGGGUUUUGUAGGUGUGUUUGCAGCUGAUCCUUUUCCCCUCUGGAUUUGCCAGUGACCAGCAGGACUGUCUUUUCAAAGGGAAUUCGGAGUCUCACUACUGAAUAUCUGUUACUUCCCAAUUGUCAACCUUCAAGGGACACCAGUGAGAUGAUGUGCAUGUGUAAAUUUAAUUUGGAGAUCACCCUUGCUGAAAACUCCAAAUAAGGAUGGACAACCCAGAUUGCCAGCACAGUGAAUUGCCUCACCCAUGAGCCAGGCGCAACAAGGGAAAUCCACAUCCAAGCCCAGCGUGGGCUUGGCUCUUGGAGGAGCCCCAGUUUCCCAGCACCAGCCUGGCAUCCAGGGAGCUGGCUGCCUCUCUCCUCCUGGGUACUUCCAUGCUAACCAAUUGCUUUUCAGUGUUUUUCCAAAAGCAAAAUGAGAGGGUUCUGUGAAGUACAGCCCCCUGAAAAGCUUGACAACUUGUUUUGUAUUCCUGCAACCUACCCUAGUCCUUUGAUUUUAAAGCCUUGUUAUUUACAUGUACUUUUAAAGGAAAAAAGUAUUUAGAGGUCUGUUCUUUGGAUGGAAAUAAUUAUUUUAAUCACCCCAGCUGCAUACGUCUGGCCUCUGCUGUGGCUUGGCUUGGCCCCUCCUAGUAGCUCCUGUGUGCACCAGGAAUGUUCUGCAAAGGCUACCUGAGGGACAUGGGGUUGGCCACCCUCUUCCCAGUGCUACCACAGAGACCCUCGUGUGUUGACUGUUCAGUGACUCCACCUUGAGGACUUUAUUCAAAGGAAAAUUUCUCUUGACUGGUUAACCCAUGGCCUCCACUCUGGUGCUCUGCCCAGAGCCUGCUAAAAGCUGUGAGAGCAGGGACACAUGGAGGUGUGGUCCUGGGUUCUCUCAGAAAACCAACCUGGAGGAGCCCAAUGUCCAGUUCCUUUGCACAGCCUCUGCUCCCUCUGUUAGAGUCUCCCCUCACCACUCUCUCUGUUGCUCCCUUGCCCUUCUCCUCUCUCUUCAUUGCUCUCUUUUUUUUUUUUUUUUUUUUUUGACUGUAGUUCAGACAUACCCACCACCUGCCAUUGCCUGCCCACCAGCUCUGAGCAGGGUCUGGCCUAGGGCAGGUAGAGGAGACAGUUCUGGAAAGGUGGCCAAAAAGAAGCAACCGCUUUGUCUGAAACUCUGUUUUGAGUGCCUAGAAUUUUCACAGAGCUCUUGGCCAUUUGAUCUCACACCUGGAUAGGAAGUCAUUUUCUGUGACACCUUUUCGUUGCUGUUGUUUUGUCGCUAAGUCGUGCCCGACUCCUUGUGGCCCUGUGGACUAUAGCUCUCCAGGCUCCACUGUCUUCUGUGACACCUUUACCAAGCAAUUAAAAAGGUCCCAAGUCCAAUGACAUAGGCUAUAAAAAUUGCCAAAUCCCCCGAAACCUGGUAAAUUCUGACAUCCCAGUACUAUCACAUCUCAUGAUUUCUUUUCUCUUUCUUUAAAAAUGUUCUCUGAAGAAAAAUGAAACAAUGCUAUUUGUCAAACUGGGAUAAUUACAAUCUCCAACAAGACGAUUAAACAGCUUGGUGUCAGACUUAGGAUCUGGUGACAGUUUGUAUCCUGACAGACGUGUCCUUCCAGUCUGCUGCACAGUCGGUAGUGUUCUGCCUGAUUCAGGACUUCAUUCUCACAUGCGGUAUAAUCAGGCUAAUAAAGAGCCAAGUGCAGGGUCCGUUUCUACAGUGCUCUCAGUCAGUCUCAUUUCUCUGGCUAGUGGGCUCUGAUCUGAGAAGAGCCAUCAUGCAGACAUCCGUGUCUGCGAAAGAGACAAGUUAUUCAAUUUACAAAAAUCUGCUCUGCUUUACGAAAGGACGCACGUCAGACUUUUCUUUCCAAGUGAGCUCUCAGACGCACACAGAGUCCCACCCUUCUGGCAGACUUUGUGGAUUGUGUCACCUGGGCCUAAACAGGGGCCGUGUCCUUUGCCACACACUGCAGAGAAGGGGAAGCUCUGGUGUCUUAGACAAUCUAUUCAUUGUAAAUCCCCGGAGCCUCUACAGGGAACUCAAAACACAUUUCAUUCACGUGAUGAGGAAAAAGACGGAAAGGUAAGGCAGUUGCUGCAGCUGGUGUUGUCAGCCUACUUGUGGCUUCUGGCUGUAAUCUGCCGUGGAAACAGGGAAGGAGGAUAAAGCCAGAAGAACCCCAGAUGCUCUGGCUGGAGGAGGCGCUCCUGGGCGUCUGUAGUCUCCCCGUUGGCCUCACUGAGGCCCAAGGCAGCCCAAGGGUGCCAGGUGGCAGCUGCACCUGCAGGGCCUCCUUCCCUGGCAGGAAUUAGCAGAAGCAGGCCCAGGACCAUCUGCAAGGCCGAGCGCCCCUCCUAUUCCCUCCCCCAUCUCGUGUUUCCCCUUGGCUACAGGUUUGAGCUCAGGACCCCAGGACAUGCCACUUCCAGUUUCCUUCUGGGUGACAGGUUCUGGCCUUAGAUUCCAGGAUCUCACCUGACCUUAAAAUUUGUUCCUUGCUUGCUUUCACAUUGCACAAGAUUUAUAUAUGUUUCCAUCAUUAUGUUUGUAACAGUAAAAGUGGAAACUUCAAAAGAUCAUUCCCUUCCAUUUUCUGGUCUUUUUACUCUUGAUAUAUAACCAUUUUCAUAAACAUCUGAACAGAAAUUGUCAUUCCCCUUUAAAAAAAAAAAGAAGCUGAUGUUCGGGAAAAUACACACAGCCCAAAGCCAAUUAUCCUAUUACAUUAAAAAAAAAAAAAUCAGCAUGCCUAGAGAUAUUUUACUUGCUGCAUUGUCUUAACUCCCUAAAGGGACUGCAUCAAAAUGUAAGUUGUAAUUUAGCCUCUGAUAUUAGUGUUAAAUAUUAAAUAUUCUAUUCCUGUGUAAGAUGUCUCCCAUUACCCAUGUCACCCCCCAAAUUAUUUAGGUGAUUCUAAAAUGGAUGAAAGGUCAUCAGUCAAUCACAGCAAAGUUUCCACUGAUGAACCAGAGCUUUGGUGUUACUCUGUUGUUUUUAAAUUAGCAGCUGUCAAGCACAUUAGCAUACUAGAACAGAGGUAAGUGUUCAACCCCAUCUUCAAGAACCUUGCUUCCCAGUUGCCUUGAAUUUGGGGAAUAGUGGUUAUAAAUGUCCAAUUUAAUUAUUUGGUAUUUUAUUUGACUGUUUUGACCACGUCAUUUUAAAGCAGUGUUUUUAACAGCACUUUUUGUUGGUGGUGUGGAAUUUCUGCGGUUACAAUUUUUUUCUUUGCAAUGAGUAAAGCGAAAAAAAAAAAAAAAAAAGAACCACUCAUUGGAGAGAUGGCAAGUGUAAAAAAGAGGAGAUUUAUUUUGUACAGACAGCAGAGCAUCCUGUGUAAUGUUGCUGACAUAAAGCACUUUGGGGGGAAAAAGUGGAAAUCUGUUUUCCAUAAAUCACACAGACUCUUGUACAUAGUUAUAUACACUCACGUAGAGAAAUGAACUGCAUAUAUCAUACUGGAUAUGGGGCUGAUUUUACUCUAGGGGCACAUCUGGUGCUUAUUGUCAUAAAUCUUUUAAAGAAUUAGGUACACUUUUUUCUAUUAAUAUGUAUAGUUUUGUGAUUUGUCACAGUUAUGUUUCAUAUAAUCAUAAGUUAUUUUGUCUCGUUUCAUGAAGUCCUUUUUUUAUGUCAAAAGUAAAAUGAAGGGAUUGUGCACUUGGUACAUAAUAAAACUGGAAAUAGAGGAUGCACCCACCUGCCUGAAAUCCUCCUUCAGCAAGUUGUUUUAAAACACAAUGGCAGCAACCAUUUUUUGUUUGUUUGUUUGUUUUAUUUUGUUUAGUUUUUACCAUCCGCUUCCCUCAUAUUGGGUCGGUAAUUAUAAUUAAAAGCAGAUGGGGAUGGGGGAGGGAGUGUCCAAGGCCAGCUUUAAAAUGCCGCAUCGCUUUGGGCCAGAGCUGCAGCCUGGAUUUAAUUAUAGAUAUGAGGACGAAAUGGCAGUAAAAAUGAAUGUGUCUCUGAAUCCUUUACAUGUUGGGAGUGUCCAUAAAUAAAACAUGAAGUUUUAUUUCAUCAGAUU